GUGGGGGGGAGAAAUUGGGUGUUUUUGGGGUUUCUGUUAAAAAGAAAAGCAAAAGUAAAGCCAACAACUACAUAGGUUCUUGUAGUCUUAGAUCUGUUUCCUUGGUGACUAUUUGGAGUUGUAUAUAAGGUAUACCUUAGAUUUUCAACAGCUUUGGUCUGAGAAGGUAAUGUUUCUCAUUUUCAUUGUAAGUAAAAGAACUAUGUAAUUCUCACCAAAGCACUUUGUGCACUUGAUUUAAAAUGAAAGAUGAAAUUGCUGCCACGGUCUUCUUCAUCACAAGGCUGGUGAAAAGGGAAGACAAGCUGAGUAAGCAUAAAAUGGAGAAAUUUGCAGCUAAGUUGACAACAAUACUGUUUGAGAAGUACAAGAAUCACUGGUACUUGGACAAUCCAUCCAGAGGACAAGCCUUCAGGUGUAUAAGGAUAAACAAACAUCAGACAAGAGAUCCGCUGCUGGAGCAAGCUUGUGUGGAGAGUAAUGUGGACUUCAAUAGUCUUGGUCUGCCGAAAGAGAUGACGCUAUGGGUUGAUCCAUUUGAGGUAUGUUGCAGGUAUGGUGAGAAGAACCGGCCGUUCACAAUUGCCCACUUUGAAGGAGAGGAGAACCCAGAGCUCCCUCAGCAGAUCAGCUAUGCUGUUGACAGAGCAGCUCUAGACUAUCAAUCUGGCACCUCUUCUGAUGAGGAGAGCUUCAACAAGGAACCAAAAGCUAUCCCUACUGUCAGUAACCCUAACAGUGUCUACCAGUUUGGUGACUACUGCAAGCCACCCAUACAGCCCUGGUCUCAGUAUCUUCAUAGGAAGACACACAUGACUGAUGGCUCAUACUAUGCCCAGCACAGGGGUUACAAAGUCUACAGGCCAACAGCUGCUUUCACAGGACCGCGUGUUGAUAGAUACCACUGGAUCAAUACCAAGCGGUAGAUCUGUGGCUGCACAUGUUAGAUGCUGUUGAAGCACUGAGCUAUGGGAUGGGAUGAAGGCUGGCACUGCAAAGCUUCAUAAAAACAGAAAGCACUUACUGUCUAUUCCCUAUCUCUUACUCGGUAUAUCUGGAACUUUGGGGUUUUAUUAUGUAACUUUUUAAUGUUUUAUUAAUGUUAACAUAAGACUGAAAAUUAAUGUGAGACUCUACUUGUAAGCUAAAAAGGAAACGCAUAUACCAAUAAAUCUAAUCAUGUUUUUUUUAAAAGCUGUCUGAUCUGCUAUCAGUGCCCUGAAGGCAGUUAAAGCUUUUCAGUGAAGUCACAAGCAAGUCAAGGAAGACUUUCAAAAAAAAAAAAUCCAACUUGCUUUGAAAGGUAGUCUGCUUCCUUCUGGCAAAAGUAGCAAGAGCAGAAGCACACUCCGUAUUUGCAUGUCUACACAUCACAGGUGGUUGAGUGAAGCUUUACUAUAUGCAGCUGUGAAAGACUGCCUUGUGGCUCCAGCUGGGCUUCUGCUUCUUAGCCUCUAGCUUACCUGUCAGAAGAACACAGCCUACUGGACAGGAGAAGGAUGAAUACAUGGCAUUGUAGCUUGCCAGUCUGCAGUACUGUGUCCCCUGGGAAGCUUUCCCUGUAGCUGUGGGACAACUUGAGUCACUUGAGCUGUUUUCCAACUAGUCCAGAACUCUGGACACAUAGUCUACACUCCCAGUAGGAAAGACACGGGAGUCUUAAACUGUGUUCUAGGAUAUUGCUUGAGACAUCUUUCCUUAUUUUUACUCAGUGCUGGUACUAAUCACAUUCAACACAACUGCUUUUGUAUUGAUUUGCAGUAUCUCUUCCUACUGACUCAACUUGUCUCCUAUUCCACCCCUCUGCUUUUUAAACUGGGACAUGAGGGUAACAGAAGUGAUGUCAAUAGCUUGUCUUGCUGGCUAAUCUGCUGAAAAUGCUCAACAAACUUAAUGCUCAACAAACUUGUGUGUCAAAAGCCAAUAGCUCAUGUAAAUAAAUGCCUACUUACUGUGGCUAUUUCUACCUGUUUUAGUCUACCUGUUGCUACCUAAUAAACAGUGAUGGAAACCGUUGAGAAGUAGUCCUGAAAGAGAGAGGCACUCUAAAAGCAGGCAGCUAGAGCCACUUCAAUAGCUGGAGGGCUGCCUGUAUAAGUAAAGCCAAACAAAAAGGAUUAAAACUAUCGUGUAAAUUUCAGGUAAUCUCAAGUGUAGAAGAUACUUGCUGUGUAAAGUCACAGGUGCUCAGUAAACUGUAUCUUAGUUACCUUUUUAUUAUGAUGUACAUAUGAUAUGGAUGGGGGAUAAUUAGGAGACCAAUUCUUGUAAUGCUGUUCUGCAAUGAGGUGCUCUCAGUCAUGCUUCACCAUGACUUGGUCUGUAUUUCUUCAGAACAAACCCACACUACUGAGUCACAUGUACUUUUGCACAAGACUCCUUGCAAUAAACUUUAUUAAUAGGGCUCAGUAGAUCACUCAUACAAAAAGUCAGUCCUACGCUGCCUGUAAGUAUAGAGAACUUCCUUUUUAAAAGACUUCAUUUUGAAGUCUGCUCUUUGUGUGAAUGCUGUAAUCUCUGUGAUGUUGCAUAAACUAAAUAAAUGAGAUGAUGUGAGGUG